AUGCCAUCACCACAGGACAUGCCAUCCAGCCAUCCGGAAACAAUGAAAGCCUGGAUUUACACCACCGCAUCUCCAACACUAGAAAAGGACCUCCGCCUAGACACCAACGCCAGAACCCCGCCAGCACCCAAGGGGAGCGAAGUGCUAGUGCAAGUCCUAACCGCUGCUCUAAACCCAGCCGACUACAAAAUCCCUGAACUAGGCCUACCAUCUCGCCUACUCAUCGGUCGACCCGCCUCACCAGGUCUGGACUUUUGCGGGCGUGUCAUUUCCACCGGACCUCUAGCUCAGCAUCUAGCAGAAGGAACCCUGGUCUAUGGGUGUCCGCCAAAGCCCGUACAAUUCGGUUCACUGGGUGAAUACGUUUGUGUGGACGUAAGCGGCGUUGCGGUUCUACCCGAGGGCGUGAAGGUCGAUAUCGCAGCAGGUUUGGGUGUUGCCGGACAAACGGCGUACCAGAGUCUCGAGGGACGGGUAAGCGCUGGAUCGAGAGUAUUCAUUAACGGAGGAUCCGGUGGAUGUGGAACACUUGGGAUUCAAAUUGCGAAAGCGAUGGGAUGUCAUGUUACUGUUACUUGUUCGACGAAGAAUAUUGAGCUUUGUUUCCGCCUAGGAGCGGAUGAGGUGAUUGAUUAUACAGUGGAGAAAGAUCUAAUUUCGAGACUGGCUCAGAAAGAGAUGUUUGAUUGUGUUGUGGAUCAUAUUGGGAUCCCUUCGAAUCUUUACUAUGAGUCUCAUCGGUUUUUGAAAGAGGGUGGGGAGUAUGUACAAGUCGGAGCGGCUUCUAUGUUCGCUUCUGUGACCAAGGCGCUUUGGCCUACUUUUCUUGGGGGUGGACAGAGAAAAUAUGUGCUUAUCAAACAGCAGAAUAUUCCAAGGCAUUUGUCGCAGCUUGGAGAGUGGUUGGCCGAUGGGACGAUUCAGAUGCAAGUGGAUAGUGUUUUUGAGUAUUCGAAUGUGGUUGCGGCGUAUGAGAGGCUUCGAUCGCAGCGGACGAGGGGGAAGAUUUUGGUGCAUGUCAAUGAUCCGAAUGCUUUGAAUUUGGAAGGGUUUGGUAUUGGAUUUUGA